AUGGAGUUCUCUACCUACGCUGGGUUGAGCUCUGAACGCCUGGCCUGUCUCCGGAACCUUGACAUUCGCCGAAAGUCCGUGUACAACGGAUCGAACUUCUCCUACGGGAACAACAUUUACGAAGUCUUACAUAAUUGCUGCACGGAGGAGUCAAAAAAUGAAGAAGACACGAUUGGGGUCGACCCGUUUGGCAAUAGGUAUGCCCCGAAGAGUGUCAACCACCGCGACAGGCACAACUGCGAUUACAACUACGCGGGUCUGCGAUCGGAAAUAAAGAACAGCAUUAAUGUGCGCAACCGAAGAAUCAAAAGUGACCUCAACAUGCACGGAGGGGAGAGCGUAAAAGACACCAUACAGCACAAUGCAGGCGAAGAAGAGGUUAGCAAACCCAAGCACUUCCUAUCAGAUAAAGGUUAUGUGUUAACUCCAAAGAGGUGCCUCGCCAGACAUGUGGAUGAUAGUGAAAUUGACAAAUAUUUUUCCACCAAAUAUGCUGUGACAGACAAGUCCAGUGGACGAACAGAAAUUAUGGUGGAGAGAAAACCUGGGUGCUCCAAUAUCAUUGUUCAGAAUUUCUCUGAGUUUGAUGCGUAUGCUACGUACAAACGACAAGACGAGAGGAAGAAGGGCCGGGACUCUUUUGUUCAUACAAAGAUGGGCAUAGUGCCGAAGGACGGGACGCCCACGGAUGAUAAAAAAUGCAAAGCGCGUGCUCUGUUUACGCAAGUCCACCGAAGUGACAACAUCGCACCUGAAAAUUAUUGGCUUUGUCCCACCGUGGACAGCGAGAAAAGAAAAAAAAAAAAAAUUUUUGCCUAA